CAUCGUGGCCCGAACCGGGACGGUGUUCAUGGUGAUCACGCUCUUUGCCAUCGUCACGAUGUAUCUGGGCCUCUUCCAGGGCCCACAUGCCUCCUGCUGUGCCACCUCGGCGGAGUACACCAUCGAUCUACAGCACGACGCUGGUGCGAACCACCACGGAAUUGCGAAAGCUCCUGGAAGUGAUUCCACCAGGUCAACAAACUCAACAUCAACUGCUGCAGAAACACAAACAGGAAGUGAGAAGUCCCUGCAGUGGAGUGGCAGUUUCCACGAUGCAAGCCUGCUGUUUGACAGAAAUUGGCCUCCGGCGCUGGAUGCUCCCCAGUACGCAUUUCCGCAGGACGGCACACACCGCGAACACUCUUUCGUUUCUCUGCUGGCCAUCUGGUUUCCCGCGGUGACUGGCUUCGAAGCAGGGAGCAACCGGUCCGCGGACCUGCACAAUCCCAGUCGCGACAUUCCCGUCGGGACCUUCAUCGCCUACCUUCUGACCGCCUUUAUUUAUGUAAGCUUCGCGAUUUUGUAUGCUGGCGCGGCGCCGCGGCAAACCCUGCUGGACGACAAGUUUUUUGCGGCCACGGCCACAUGGCCGGCGCGCGAGUGCGUGGUAUAUGGCGUUAUGGCCUCGACGCUCGGUGCCGGCUUGAGCUCUCUUGUCUCCGGAACGCGACUACUAGCAGCCAUCGCCUCGGACGGAACCUUACCCGCGCUCCGGUUCUUUGCGCCGAGACGUGCGCCUGUAGCCACAAAGAGCGGAAAAGAGGUAGCGGUGCGUCGCUUCUUUUUCUGGAAUGAUGAAACCCUCCGACAGAAGUGGUCGAGUGUCGUCACGCUGUUGUUACCACCAGGCUUGGUCAACCUGCUCCGGAAAAUAUGCUUUUUAGCCUGGUGCCGACCAGCCGUGCGUAGAAGCACCAAAGGGGCGGACCACGAACGCCCCGCCAGCAAACACAAGAACGAGACGGGGACCAUUUUUGUUGGAAAAGUACCGGAACAAGCUCAAGCAGAAGAAGAAGGACUUCAAGAGCCGCCCUCUGCAAAUGGUGCAACGCCACCGCAGGAACAUCAAACGAAGUCGAAACCGAGACCUGCAGCUUCCUCACGGUCGCCCCCCGCUGCCAGAAAUAAAGCCGCACUUGCUCUACCAUCGUCGCGCAUCAAUGGUUCUGCUGGGCCGUCAGCAGCUCCACCAACCCCCGCUCCGGCGGGAGAGCCGUACGCAGCCUUGGCGUGUUGUGGAACCUUGUGCGCCGCCGCUAUCGGCGUCGGGGAGUUGAACGUGGUGGCUUCCGUCCUGACGAUGUUUUUUCUGAUGUGCUACGUGUGCGUGAACCUGUCGUGCGCGAUCCUGAGCUACGCGCGCGACCCCAACUGGCGGCCCAAAUUUCGC